ACGAUGCAGCUGUGUUUUAAGGACUUUAUUUUAGGCAAUUAAAAAAAAAAAACUUGCUCAAUGUUGGGGUUGUGGGAGAGGCAGAAUAAAAGAAAAAUAUAAAGGAUGAUUCUGGGAUGGAGAGAGGAAGAUAUGUGGGAAAUUUGGAUACACAAUAUCUGGCACGUAGAAGCACUUACAUGUUUAUUAUUAUGGAUGGAUAUAAAAACAAAACAUCGAAAAAAAAUUUUAAAUUGUCACUUGCACAACUGAUUAUCCAUUCUCCAAUGUCUCAAAGGUUAAUUUAGAUACUUGUAUUUUUCAAAGACGUAAAUAGACAUAUAGUGUAGCUCAUUAUCAUGAUAGAUUACCUUCUUAAUCUUUAGACAAGUGUUUUAAAUUGAAUCUUUCUACCUAAAGUUUGGAAGCAGAAGGAAGGAGCAUAUAUUAGCCACCAGCAGUCUUCACUCGACAUCACUACGAGCGCCUUGCGAAUAUAAUCUCAUUAAUUGAGGUAGAUACCGUUACUGAGCUCAGAUUUGCGGAGAAUCUCUCGGCCACUUUUGAACUCACUCCAUUCUGGCAGGAGAGCUGCGUCGGUCAUUGCCCUCGGAAGCCUCAGAAGUGGCGAACGAGGAGAGUGACGGGAAAGAAAACCGAAAGCUUCCCCUCAGGCGGAGAGGCUUUCGGAAGGAAGCGUCGGUGUCUUUUGGUGGAGUGCUUCCGGCCCACAAGGCGCUUCCAUUCUAACUAGGGGUGGGGCUCGGAAUACGACAGGGACGCAGACUCAGAACGUUCCCUCUGACAAUGGGGUUCUGGAAGGCGGGACCUAUGAGGCAGAGGUAAGGAGUACAGAGUCGGGGGCGACCCCCUUGCCAUUGUUCAGCCGCACAAUUGAUGGACGUUCAGGGUUCUCCAUCCGCAGCCACCGAACUUCCGGAGGAUUGGGAGAAUAGCUAGAGUAGGGAAGAAGAGCCCUACUUCCGCGCCUCCGCCUCCUCUCCUGCCUCUUCGGCCCGCCUCCCUCUCUCCCCUCCCCCACUCCGUCACCCCCCUCUUCGUCCUUAGUAACAGAAUAAACACCGAGCAGGCUCCGCCCCUCGGGAGGAAGGUGGCGAAAUGGACGUUGGUGUGCUCGCGCGCUAGUGGCUUAGACAGAAGCUGCAGUUACUGGGAGCAGUCUGAGAUGGAUUGUGAACUGACCCUGUGACCACAACUCAACGGAAAGCAAGGCUUUGUCAUGCUCAAUCAUUUGGAUGUAGAUAUGGUCUGGAAGGGACGUUGGAGAUCAUCUGAUAUGACUGCUUCAUUUUAUAUCUGAGGCCCCGAGAAGUAAAAUGAAUAAUUGUUCAAGGUCACACAGUUAUUAAGUUUUCUAUGCUGCUUUAAGAACAGUAUGGGGAAAUUUGCAUUAGCAGUAGCUGUGGAGACGUCUAGCUUUUGGGUGGAAAUAAGAGGAGGGAUAGCAAUAGGAAUACUAAAAAGAAAGAAGAGAACAGAAGAAUGGCGAGAAAGAAUCAAAGACAAGCAGCCAGGUAAAGGCAAAAAGGUAAAAGGCCGGGGACAGGGCCGGGGUGGGAAGAAAGGAAAAAAGCCUGAAGUGGACAUCCUUAACCCAGCUACCAUGCUGAACCUGUAUUACAUCGCCCACAAUGUUGCUGACUGCCUACAAUACCGUGGUUUCCGCUGGCCGGGGGCUGCCAAGAAAAAGAAAGGAAAGAAGAUAUAACAGUGGAUGGAUGGAUGGAUGCCUUUAUAGCAUAUCUUCAUAACCAUGAAUUGUAACUAUUAACAGAAAUGUACAGUGAAGGGAUACAACCAAAACAGCCACUGAAACAGAUUAAACCUUAAUGAAAACACCUUGAACUGGAGAAUGACUAGAGCUCUUGGAGUUAAGGAUAAAGGAAUGGAAUUAUCACUUAACACUUGUACCCAAGGGAAACAUUAAAUUUCUUUUUUUUUUUUUUUUUUUUUAAGGAACUUAAGGCAAAAAUGUGUCUAAGUAGUUAUCAAACCGGGUGGUUGAUUUCAGAAUACUGUUUGGUUCUAAUCAUUCUUUGUUACAUGUCAGAAUUAAAUUUUGCUUGGUGAAUCUAGUUCUCUCUUGCACUCAUUUUCUGCUGAUAACAGUAAAUGUGAAUCUCCUCAUCCCUGAAGAGAGAGGGGCAGGUGAUUAUCCAUAUGAAGAUGCGGCAUGCUGUGCUAUAGUAAUGUCCAUCUCUGCCUGCCCACCACCACCAUUUUGAGGGGGAAAUAAUUAAGAAAACUAUUUUGUCUGUUUAGUGUGCUCCUCCCUUCCCCCUGACUGUUUUCCUGAUUUGAAAUAACUACAACUGCCUGCAGAGACUCCUCUGAGGCUUUAAUAACAUCAGCAAAAUGUGCUUUGUGCUAGCCAGAGCAUAUAAAAGGAUAAAAACUGCAAGGCACUUGUCAGUCAUUUGAGUGAAUAAAGAAAUGAGCCAGCAUGGAGAUAGUGGAAAGAGCUCAGUAUUUGGUUUCAGAAGACCUGGUUUUGAUUCCUGACUGCCACUUACUGCCCAGGGGAUUCUGUAUAAGCCAUUUUCGCCUCUGUGGACCUCACUUUCCGCAUUUGUACAAUGUAGAGGUUGGACUAGAUCAGAGGUGUCAAACUCAAUUAGUUAAAAUGUAAUUGGGAAAUGUUUACAAAAAAAAAAAAAAAAAAAAACCAAACAUGUUAAUUUGUGAUUUUCUAAGCCAUGAUGGGACUUACUGGGUUCUGUUUCUAUUUUGAGUUUGACACAGCUGGACUAGAUGACCUUUAUUAUACUAGAUAUAGCUUGUUUGUAUAGAUUAGUUUGCUGCUUGUCUCUUUAGAUUGUGAGCUCUUUGAGGGCAGGGAUUCUCAUUUUUGCCUUUCUUGUAUCCACAAUGUUUAGUACAAUGCCCACAGAGGAGGCAAUAAAAGUUUAUUGACUGAC